GGGACGAACGACGGCCAAUUCGGCUUCAAACCCGCCAGAACAACGCUUUCCAGCGAGCCAUUGUCCAAGCUUUUCCCAACCCGCUCAAUUCAUAUACCUUCAAUCACAAUGGGUGGAGGCGGAAAGAUCCCGUAUCCCAAGGAAGUCUGGUCUCCCGCCGGAGGCUGGUAUGCUCAGCCCGCGAACUGGAAGCUCAACACCGCCAUCAUGGGUGCCACAGUGAUUGGAAUUGCUGCUACUGUCUGGAGCAUCAGCGCCGACCGUGAGCACCGCGACAAGAUGCCCGAGCCUGGCAGAUUCUUCCCUAGUCGCUACUGGAGCAGGGAAAUCAUCGAACACGAGAGAAAACAACAGGCCUCGAAGCAGGACUCAUAAUGUGGUUGACAGGAAAUAAGAAGCGAGUGGGAUAAAAUGCAAUUGCGAAGGUCUCCUGUGGCAU